AAUAUUUUGUUGAAAAUGGUCUGCUAACGAAUCCAGCUCAUGUUAUUGAUUUGUCAGCACAGGAAUUGUCCCGAAUUUACAUUAGAAAUUGUCAAUUUUCGUCAAUAUGACUAACAUUUAUUUUAUGGUAAAACAAAUAUUUAAGGUUUUUGGUGUUGCAAUAUUGUUUGGAGCCUUGUACAUUAUAUAUGAUUUAAUCCGACAACGGCGGACGUCAACGCACACAAUCAAAUCUGCGUUAUAUCAGUAUAUUGGGUUUAAUGUAUUUAAUCUGAUAGGGAUAAAAAUGAAAAAAAAGCUGGAGCAAGAAACAAAAAAAUGUAAAGAAGUUCAGGAAAAAAUUCUGUUUGAAAGAAUUUCUCGAGACAAAGACACAGUGUAUGGGAAGAUGCAUAAUUUUGCAAGCAUUAAAUCAGUUUUGGAAUUCAAAGUACAACAUCCGCUUGUAAGGUACGAUAAGGUUAAGCCAUACGUGAAUCGUAUCAUGGAAGGUGAGGAGAACAUUCUCAUCGCUGAGCGUCCGUCGAUUCUUGCUAUCACAUCGGGAACAUCGGGUAGACCAACGAUAAUUCCAAUGAUUAAAAAACAAUCGAGUAUGUUCCUACUCGAGGGAGUAACUAUCUGUAUGAAUAGAAUGUUUGAUGCGUACCCACACAGCAAGCAGCUGCAGAAAAGUUUGAAGAUAUUCUACACACCAAAGGCGCGUACGUCACCAGCAGGAAUACCAGUAGGUCCAAACUCCUCCUCACCAAAGAACUCUGGUGGAAUGCUGGAGAUGUACACGACCCCUCUUCCUGCCUAUGACAUCAUGAAAGAGGAGGAACUACUUUACAUUCAUCUACUUUUUGCGCUCUGUGAUCGCAACCUUGGAACCAUCGAAGCGAACUUUGCCUCUUUAAUUCAUUCAGUUUUCGUGGCCAUGGAACUCCAAUGGCAACAGUUAACUAAAGAUAUACAAACCGGUCGAAUUAAUCCCAGCCUGGAUAUCCCAGAUUCCAUCCGGGAAAGCGUUCAGAAACACCUUAAACCUGAUCCAGAUCGAGCAGAUGAAUUGCGUUCCCAGUUCUCUCAAGGGUUCAAAGGUGUAGCUAAACGAUUGUGGCCGCAUUUGAACGUCAUCCUAGCUACCGAUACGGGAGCCUUCGACUUGUACGGUAGGAAGCUAAAAGCAUACUAUACAUAUGGUAUUCCUAUCUAUUCUCCACUGUACGCUGCCUCCGAGGGUCUCAUUGGUAUCAAUAUGUGGCCUCAGGAUGAAGACCGAUACUACAUGCUGGUUCCAAACAGCAUGUUCUAUGAGUUUAUACCAAUUCAAGACAGCGGACAGACCCAGCCAGAAACACUACUCAUUGAUGAAGUCGAGGAAGGUUCUACCUAUGAGCUGGUCAUAACCAACAUCAGCGGUUUGUAUCGUUAUCGUUUCGGGGAUGUUGUCAAAGUCAUUCGAUUUCAUAACCAGUGUCCCGUGGUCGAGUUUAUAUGCAGGCAGGGCCAGUUGUUGAAUGUACGAGGGGAGAAGACUUAUGAGGACUUGUUAUACAAUGUAUUGCUGAACACAGUCAAUUCAUGGCCGAGUACGCAGCUUGUCGACUACACAACAAUGGAGAGCGUAAUGCUGGAGGGCAAAGUGGAAAGAAAGUCGCCCUUCUACGUGCUCUUUCUUGAGCUGUCAACAAAUUGUGAAAUCUCGGAAGCGAAGAAGAAAAUGUUGGAUGAGAACCUGUGCGAGAAAUCAUUUGUUUACAACUCUUUCCGCGAAAAAGGGAGCAUCAGUCAAAUGCAAGUGCACGUUGUUAAGUCUGGCUCGUUCCGACGACUGAAAGCGUACCUGCUCGCCAACACUUCAGUUAGCGCCAACCAAUUCAAAGUCCCCAGAGUUCUUAGAAAUGAGGAGGCCGUUGCAUUUAUGAUGGAACAAAUAAUUUGAUUGUUUUCUUUCAGUAUUUUGCGGGGGUCUAUGAUUUUGAAAUAAUUUUUUUUCAGAAAAAUGAUUUCUUAUUCAUUAUUUUACUAAAAUGAUGUUAACAUUUUAUGACCGUGUAACAAUACUUUUGUAACAAAGGAAACUAUGGAAAAGCUGAGACUAAACAGGGUUUGAAAUUAAAUUCACACAAUUUUAUAAAGAAAUAUAUAUUUGUAUAUUACAAAAUAAGAUUAUUAAACACUUGUAAUUGCUAAAAGCCAUGAAUCUUUAAUAUUCAUAUUAUAUUGUUUUAAUAUGUAAAUGUAUAAUAUUAUAUGCUAAUUAUUGAUUGAUGCAAUACAGUACAUAAUGAAGAUUGUUUAAUUUAUUAUUAAACACUUGUAAUUGCUAAAGUCAUCAAUUUUUAAUAUUCAUAUUAUGUACAGUAGUUUUAAUAUGUAAAUGUAUAAUAUUAUAUGGUAAUUAUUGAUUGAUGCAAUACAGUACAAUUAGUGUAUGGAAAGUUCUGACCUACACGUAUCACCUAGUUUCCCAUUUACUUGACGGAAACUGACAUUUUUAUUGUCUACAAAAUUGGUUGAAAAAAUCGUAGAGGUAAGAUAAAGACCAAAGACACUCUUAAACUUUUCUUGAACAAUAUUUUUUAUGAGUGUAGUAAAAUUUCUAUACAAGGUGUAGAUGGUAGUAAUUAAUAGAAGUGUAUACUAGAGCUAUGAAAGGUACUAUAGAAAAAUGGAUCUUUCAGAAUUUAAACUGUAAGUUAUUUGUUCCUAUAUUUUACUAUAUCUUUAACAGGGUAUUUUAUUCUCCGUAUAUAUUCAUUCAGUACUACAAAUUUAAAUUCUUCCUAUCGAAGUCAGUUAA